AUGAAAAAGAUCUCAAAGAGAAAACAAGAUAUUAAAAAGAUGUCUGAAGAGACAGAUAAUAUUGCAGUAGAAGAAAAUGUAGACAAGCAUCUUCAAAAAGGUUUAGAUGCAGAAGAAGAAAAUAAAAACACAAUAGAAAUGUUCAGGAGCAAAGUAAGAGAAAAGCUAAAGAAUGCUAAGAUUAAUCAAAGUGAAAAAUCUUCAACUCAUCUGCUCAUUGAUAAUAAGAUAAAUCAGUGGUCUAAGGUUAACCCACAGACUGAAGUUUCAUUGGAGGCAGGCCUUUCGUUUUUCACUCUGAACGGUGAAGAAGGCGCAGCUUUGGGCCAGUUUUCAGAGCAGCGAUUAGUAAAUGAUAGUUACCCUAAACAUUUAUCACUUGGUGAUAAUGUACAAGAUUUUGCUGAAAGCCAUGACAAAGAUUAUAUGGAAGAAGUAAUUUUUCCAGAUUUACUUGAAGUAAAAGCUGCUGAAUAUGAAGAUGAUCAAGAACAAAUCAAAAGACAACAGAUAAAUAUUUUUGUGCCAAGUAGUUCUUCAGUGGUCAACCAACGUAAACUGCCAAAAGAUAUGAUGCCACGCAUUUUAGAAGACGAAGGAUUCUAUAUACAGAGAAAGCCAAAAAUAUAUAAAAAGACCUGCAACAAAAUGGAAAAUCGCCUGCUUCAACUAGAAGAGGGAAUGUGUUGGUUUGAAGAAAGUGCUGAAAUAAUGUCAUUACCUUCACCUAUUAGCCAGUCAUGGAAAUUCAGACUAAAUAUAAGCAAGGAAUCUUUAAAUCCAGCACUAAAGACCAUAUACAGGAAGGCAGUGAAAUCUGAUUUAGAAAGCUCUAUUAGGACCAAAAUGGAAGGUCAAGGGAAAAUGUACCAAUUAGAUCUCAACAUUGUGGGUUUGCAAUUUAGCCAUCAUCCUGUCUUCAAUCAAGAACAAGUAUUAUGUGCUAGGCUGCUCCAACUUUAUGAGUGUUUUCAGGACAGACAGCAACAGAAUUUAUCUCAGCUCCUUUUAGAGAAGCUUAAAGCGCUGACACAUGCUACCAAAUUAUUAAAUGAUGAUUUGGAAAUGAGCCAGCUGACUGGAAAAUCUUUACAAGAUUAUUAUUGGCAGAUAAGUAAUACAAAACAGCUCUAUGACUUAGAAAGGGAAAAGGACUUCUCUCUACUACAAAGUAUAUUACGUACUUGGAAACAGAUAAAAGCUCUUCGACAACAGCAAGGGUUUAUAAGCACCCCGAUAAAGUUACAGUUUCAGAGGAUAAAAAUAAAUAAAUUUGAUGAACAAAAUCAAGGAGAAAUGUCAGAAAUGUCUGAGACUGAGAAGAAAACUGAAGGAAAAGCAUAUAACAGUGGGGGAAAUGAGGAGAGCCUCUUAUGUUUAGCUUCAGAACUUGAAGAAACAGAUAUUGAAGGAAUAAAGCCAAUCACUUUGAUGCCACAACUUUCUUUUGCUGAAGAAUUAACAAACUUAUCCAAGUGUUCACUGCAUGAACAAAAGAGGAGAGCCAAAAUUCAGAAGCUUAAAUAUUUUAUUAAAAUAUUAUACAAUGAUAAACAGGUUUCUUGCACUUCAAUAUCUCCUCUGCAGUUUGAUUUUAAAGUCAUGUUUCAGCAGAUUUUCAAUAUCCAGUUAAUAUAUUGGCCUGAAACAAUUUGCUUGGAGGUUUAUGAAAUAAAUAAAAGGACAAACUUGCUGGCAAAACUAUAUGUACCUUUGCCUAACAACACAGAGCUGAAAAGCAAAACUGCUUUGGAAUAUGUAGAGUUUAGCUCUGAUGAGCUGGUCAUGCCUGAGUAUGGAGAAGUAGGAAGCAAUGUGCCUUUUCUUCUUGAGGGAAAUGAAACUGAAGAACUUUGUCUUUUCACAUCAGGAAAACUAAGCUAUUCCCUAUCAUGGGCCUUAGAUGAAAAUGGCAUUCCUCUGACACCUAUGUCGCAGUCAUUAAGAUCUGCUUACUGCAGUGUGUUAAGAAAUGUAGAUGCAAGAGGCGAUCCUGGAAUUCCAUGGCUCAUUAAUACACAGAAGCUUUUUGAAUGGGCAAAUGAAGUCAGAAUUGACCCAAAUAAUCCAGAAUAUUCUGAUUUAAUGGAAUUUAUUAUGUACAUGAAACAUAAAGGGAAGGAUAUCCCAAAGUAUUUUCGUCUUGAACAGUUGCAAGAAGAAUCAAGUUUUGUUUCUGAAGAGGAAAUGAAAAAGAGUAAACGUUUCCGGCUAUUGCAGCUUAGAAAUGCAGGACAAUUAGGUAUUUUCCCUCUGCAGCAAAUACCCCUUUAUGACAGAGAGAUUCCAGACUCAGUCUUCCAGGAAUAUGAAAGUCAGGUAGAGAAGGAUAUGUCCUUUUCAGAUGUGAAUUCUAUUACCGCCCAAAGGAUUAGUUCUGUCAAUUUUCUGAAAAAGAUGAGAAAGAUGGUAAUGAAAAGAAUUGUCAAAGUUAGCAAAUUUAACUUAUCAGAUAUUGUAGCUGAUUAUGAAGAAAUUGUAUCUACAAGCCAGUUGACGCAUGCAAUUUGUAAGCUUGUUGAACGACAAAGAAAGUUAAAGCCUCAGAGGAAAGAAAGGAAAAAAGUGGCAGCACAGACGAUCUGUGAUGGAGAUAUUAAGAUUCUUGUCAGAAUCCUGAGGGCUUAUAAUAUUCCCAGCAGGAAAACAACAGUUCACAGGCCCUUGGAUAUAUCUACUUCUCUGAUAUCAUCCAUAUCUUGCCUCAGACAUAAAGAAACAAUCAAAUCAGUGGCCUCAGAAGAGAUCUUAUAUGAGGAUACUGUACACCCUUUUGUGGAAGUUUCCUUUCAACACACUGUAUACCAAACCAGUACUGCAAGUGGAUCUCAUCCAUGCUGGAAUGAGGAAAUUAAAGUAGAUUUUGUCUCACCAGGACAUGAUUAUAGCUUCUCAAGUUUAUCUAAAAUAAAAGAUAAUAUAUAUAUCAACAUUUUUGAUGAAAUGAUUUUUGAAAAACAUGAGGAUCACUGUUUCAGGAGCUGCAGUGGUCAUUCAUAUGUAAGAAAGAAUUGGCUUGGAUCCAUUGUCUUCCCUUUCUCUGCUCUUCUGCAACAAUCUGAGAUUAAUGGAACAUUCCAAGUAAACAUUCCACCAGUUUUGCUUGGGUAUACUUGGAGUAAGACUUCUACAUCUCCUAAAGAAGAUCAUAAUGUGCAGAAUUUAAAAGAAUGUACCUUUUUAAAUAUUUUUGCUACCAUUGAACCUCAAAUAUCAUAUGUCACCUGUAAUCCAGAACUAGACAAGUUUUCAGAUCAAAUAGAUGUUUUGGAGAGAGCACACAUUUUUGCAAAAAAUUGUAAGGCAGUAUUUCCCAACCGAAGAAUCACAACAACUGUUUUUAAUCAUGACGGGAUACAAAUCUUAGUAACAAGAUAUAUCAAGGCAUUAAAUCCACCUCAACAACUCCUGGAUAUAUUUCUUCGUGAUUCCAAUGCAACACUUGACCUCAUUGCUCAUUUUGUAUCUUUGAUUCCUCUUAUGCCUGACCUGGAUGAAAAUGAUGGUUUUGAUAUAUGGAUGACAUCAGAGCGCUGCAUCAGUUUGGCUAUUGGGAAUAAGGAGGAGCAUGCCAUACUUCUCUGUAAUUUCUUUUUGUACUUCGGAAAGAAAGCUUUGGUCCUCCUGGGAACCUCAAUUUUAGAAGGGCGUGUAGCUUAUGUAUUAACUCAUGAAACUGAUGAAUAUUUGCUUUGGAAUCCAUUAACUGGUCAAUGUCAUAGGCAAUUUGACCCAUUUUGUCCUUUACAAAGUGUAGACUGUUUGUUUGAUGAUGGAAAUGUCUGGUUUAAUAUUCAACAAAAUAGUACACCAAUGGCCGUAUAUUUUGACUAUUCAAAGGAAAGUUUCUGGAAACAGCUGCUUCCAAAAAAUUUUCAAGGGACACAAGUACAAAGCAUACAGCCUGAAGAAAUCAUUUAUUCUGAUACUAAUAAAAGCAUGGUAGAUGAUCUAAAGAACAGGAUUGAAAGGACUCUAAAAUGUAAAAUUAUGGAAUGGCGACCUAAGCAGCCAACACGUUGGAAUCGACAAUGUACUUCUAUUUUGCGACACAUUCUUCCUAAGCUAGAACUUGGCACUGAAAGAUUUGUUUCCUCUGAAGAAGAGAGUGAAUUUGAAAGACUAUUACAAUUUUAUUGGAUUGCAGGAUUUCCUAUCCAGAUGCCAUACACUAAUGUACAGACAGUGAUUGAUGCCAUGUAUCAAACUGGAAUCCACUCCUCGGAAUAUCCCCAGACAGAAUUUGCUCUCGCCGUAUACAUUCACCCAUACCCAAACAACAUAUUAUCUGUGUGGGUCUAUUUGGCUUCUUUAACUCGGCGACAGUGA